AAUAUAAUACAUGGUAUUCAAAAGAAGAACUGAGAGAAAUAAUUCAUAAUGUGAUUAAUAAGGUGAAAAACCUUGACCAACAAAAUUUUGAAAAGUAUUUGAAAAUUGUUGAUAUUUCUUUAAAG